AUGGAGCAAGUCAUGUUCCCCCAUCCAACAUUACAAGGGGUUUCGUAAUUGAAGCUUGUUGUCAACUUUUAGCUGCAAGCAAACUUUAAUGGCAAAGAUAUGAACGUUGUUCAAACAGAAGAUAGUUUUAUAAUGAAGCCUAUUGAUCAAAGAGAGCGCACCAGAAAUCGUAAUGAUGUUCAGACUCGUCGCAUGAAGAACAGAGAACGACAACGUAGAUAUAGAGCCCGUAAGCGUCUUGAAGCAGAUUUGAAGAAGUCUAGCAUUAUAAAGCAACCAACUGCACCAGAAGUAGAAGUGCAACGAAAUGAGUUCAUUUACACACCCCGUGUGUACUGUAAACGAGAUUGGAAAAAGGAUGCAAGGAGUGCUCAUGUUUCUAAGGCCGCUGAAAUUACCCCUAAUGGUUAUGCUGUCCCUACUCUUACGUCAACCAGUGAGGGUCAAAGUGUGUUCUUGUUUGGACCUAAGGCAGAGCCGCAAUUAGAUAUUGAAUCCCUGUCUGAGAUAACUGUGAACCAGAAUAACUGCGAAAUGCAUGUAUCUAACUUUGGUCGAAGAGAUUGGAAAGCCGAUGCAAGAAAGAAGAAAAUCUAAAGCAGAUGGCAGAGGAGUCCUAACUAUUCCAAUGGUAUGGUAUGGUACUUAACGGGUUUCAUGUCUGAAUCUUCGGGUAAGUUGAUUACUGGCAGAAAAGGGACGGGGAAACAGGAAGCGUAGAGUCGAAGUUAGUUGAUUACUGAGUUGCAUAUGUGGAGGCUAGCAAUGACGGAGAAAGAGUCUUGAACCUUGUUACCAAUUUAGUUAGAAAACCAGGUAAGUCGUCAAACUCAUCGUAAUGUAUGGUUACUGGUCAUGAAGUACGUAGAGAAUUUCCCCAAAUGUUUCAUCUGUGAGGAUUGAAUGAAUGUUCGCCAUGUAUCUUGGAUUGCAUCUAAAUUUGUUUCAUGUGAA